AGGCAAGCAGACAAGCUCUACAAGAAGGAAAACUGCCAGCAUUUGAAACAUUUGAAGACGUGGAAGAAGAGUGGACUUCAACACAAGCACGUCCACCAUGAAAGCUUUCAGCAUCCUGGCCAGUGUGUCUUUCUGCCUUCACAUGGUCAACAGUAUAGAUCCUGCUCUGGACUCGGAGUGGGAGGCCUGGCAGGAGGAAUUCGGGAACCCCUCUAGGGAGGCACAUCCGCUGCAGAGAAGAGAAAUCUGGGAGCAGAACUACAGAGCUAUUGAGGAUCACAACAGCAGAUACGCUGAAGGGCAGGAGGCCUACGAGAUGGCCAUGAACCAGUUUGGCGACCUGACUGCUGAAGAGUUUGUGGGAAGGAAGGACGCUCCUCUGGCUACCAGCACCCGGCGUGUCGACUUGAUGCUGUCUGCCACAGAACUGCGCCAGGCUGCCAGCAGGCUGAACCUCACCAGCAUCGACUAC